CCCAAAACCCUAGAGCUCCAUGCAUAUAUAUAUAUAUAAACUAAUGGUGAUACAUCUGUGCUAGCGGCCGCCGGAGAAACGCUGAAGUCCAUCGGCAAUGUCGAAGCGAGGAAGGGGAGGAUCCGCUGGGAACAAGUUUCGGAUGUCACUGGGUCUUCCAGUGGCUGCUACUGUCAACUGUGCCGACAACACAGGAGCUAAGAAUCUCUACAUCAUUUCAGUGAAAGGGAUCAAGGGCCGCCUCAAUAGAUUGCCAUCAGCAUGUGUUGGUGACAUGGUUAUGGCCACCGUCAAGAAGGGAAAGCCUGAUCUCAGGAAGAAGGUCUUGCCUGCUGUCAUUGUUAGGCAGCGCAAGCCAUGGCGCCGAAAGGACGGUGUCUUCAUGUAUUUCGAAGAUAAUGCUGGUGUGAUUGUCAAUCCCAAGGGUGAGAUGAAAGGUUCGGCUAUUACUGGCCCCAUUGGAAAGGAAUGCGCCGAUCUUUGGCCAAGAAUUGCAAGUGCUGCUAAUGCCAUCGUAUGAGACAGAUAAUCGAAGCAAUUAUAGGUUGUGCCAUGUUUUAGAUUUUCUUCUGAAGUCUUCUUUUGGUUGGGUUUGCCUCUGCUUUGUUAGACAGAUGCAGGCGCCUUUUUGAGGUUUUUUAUUCUAAUGGAUUGCUAAUGUCUUAUUGCUGUUGUUUUGCUUUCUCCUCUCCGUUUUGGGAACCUUUUGCAGUUUUUGUUACAGAUACGACGGACCAUGUUUUAUAACAAUGGAGAAAUAUUAGGAAGUUUUGGUGCUGUUCUUGGCUGCUA